ACAAGUAAUUUUUUUUUUGGUUGUCGCCUCCAUAUCCACGACAUCAGUUCCUAUUGACAGGUUUCCAAAUCGGUAAAAACGAGCUUACACUGGGAUGCCACUCCAGUUGGUGCACGUCUUUGAGCCCUUUGCCUUGUUGGCACCCUUAAUUGUUGCGACUCAUUUGUGGCUACUUGCUCCCUCGCUGCUUGCUGCUGUGCUGGUUGGUGUCGCCUGCUCGCAGGGCCUGGUUUUCGUUCGGAGGCUCUCAGAACAGGGUUCUCAACUUACGUCUUCAACACAACGUGUCUCUCUCCUUCAGGACCCUUCACCGUUUACGUCGUUGAGAUAUCCCAUAUUAGAACUCGACGAGCACUCGGCCGCGCAGCACCGGCAUUCGAUUCACCGUUUUUCUUCCGACUCGAGCUGGAGGAUUCACGGAAUCAGGAACAAUUCAAAUCGGUAGCGAUCACCCGUUUAGCAUCCCAUCAGCCCAGCAAUUAGAGACACCCACCAGUAAUCACUUAGAACAAGAGAGACUCGCAGCGAACAUCCCCCAAAAUCUCACGGAUUGAUUACCCGCC